GCACCUCGUCUUGUAAACAAACAUCUCGGUCCGUGAGGUGCAGGCCGGGUGAGGCUGGACAAGACAGGGUGAGGCAGGACAGCACCCCAAGGCAGGCCAGGUGACUCAUGUGAAGGCCAGGUGUUUCCUGUGGCCGCGCUAAUGUAUUGGUCUACACACAGGGCCUCUCUCCUUACUUGUGAUGGAUAAACUACCUCAGUUCCUGCCAGACCUGGAGUCGCCGCGGUCACUGGUGAGCCGGCCGGUGGUGUUGGGCGUGGUUGUCGGGUUCUUGGUGCCUGUGCUCAUCCCGUUCUUCCACCUGGGCAUCAUCUCGCACCUCUGGGAUGAGUUCAAUUACCAUGUUGAUGUCCACGGCUGCUCCUGCUCUUGCUGGGACACGGUUUUCAAAGGCAUUUAUGAGCGAGGUCCGGCCGGGUACAAGCAUGUUUACUUCAACGUGACCCCAAACACGCUCAAGAUUUGGGUGGUGACGGUCCUGGUGGUGCUGCUGAGCUACGAGGCGGUGAAGAGGGUGGUGAGGCUGUACCUGAGUCGGGAGCGUCUGUCCAUGGUGGUGCUGUUUGUGAGCAGCGUGUACCCUCAUUACUACUCAUGGUGGUCGUAUUUCAAUUACUGGAACGAUGAUUUCUAUAGCCAGUGGAAUCAUCAGCUCUUCUUCUCCAUCACUGAGCUCGUCUCCACCAUGGCUGUUGUCCUGCUGGUGGAUAAGAAUGUGAGUGUGACGCCAGCCCGUGCCCUCGUCAUCAUCGAUAUCGCGGUCCUGCACAUCGUCACCUCAGGGUUCGAUCAGUUUGUCAGCAAUGUGGUUCAGGGAAAUGGCAUGCUUCACCAGGUUCUCCGUGAUGUGUUCUUCAUGGUGCCAGACUUGCUGCACGUGUCGCUGCCGUUGGUGGAGCUGAGGCGGCUGGCACUCUCCCGGAACCUGCCCACCACUCACCUCAUCUCUAACAAGGAGUUCUUCUCUUCCGUGGCAUUUGUGGCAGGUGGCUGGGUGCUGUGCAUGAUGCUGUAGUGGUGGGAGUCUCUUAGGUCAGUGAAGGCCUUGAAAUGUUUGAGUACAGGGAAGAAAUGCUGAUAGUAUAUGUGUACAGGAAGAAAUGUUGAUGUAGAAAAGCUGGAUUGGGAGAGAGGAACUUACUGAAAAUGUUAUGCAUAGAGGAAAGGUAUGGUAAUGGUAUAUGUGUACAGGAAGGAAUGUUACUAUAGAAAAACUUGAUUCGGUGAGAGAAAUCUACUGAAAUUGUUAUGCAUAGAGUGUGAAGUGUAUGUAGUAAUGAGAAAGGUUACUGUAGAAACGCUAGAAUGGAUCAGUGACAGAAAUGUACUGGAAAUGUUCGCAUAUAUAGAGGAGGCUAUAGAGUGAUAGUGAUUUAGCUUGAAGGGGUGACAGAAACUUAGUGAAUAUAUGCAUAGAGGAGGUUGGAGUGUAUUUAGUGAUGAGAAAUGUUGGUGUAGUGAAGCUUGAAGGUGCUGAAGCUGUAGAAAGAAGCUUAAGUGAGUCAGUGAUAGGUUAGAGAUUCAUUUAAUGCUGGCAACACUGAUAUACAUAGAAAAUUUUGAGUAAGUCUGUGAAAGCUUUGAAGGUACCAUAGCAUUUGAAAAAACAACAAAAAACAACAUUGAUAUAUAAACAAGCUUUGAGACUAACAUAGUAUUUUGAAAGACACUGAUACAUAAACAAAAGCUUUAAAGGGUUUGUAAUGCAUUGACAGGGAAGCUUGAGUGAGUGAGUAAAAGCUUUUGAAACUGUCUUAGGAUAUACAGAAGCAGCUUGAGUGAAUAUGAAGGUUUGUAAUCAAUAAACAGGGAAGCUUGAAUGAGUGAGUGAAAGCUUUCGAAACUGUCUUAGGGUAUACAGGAGAAGGUUGAGUGAAUAUGAAGGUUUGUAAUGCAUCAGUGUAGUGUUGAAUAUUGACUGUAUUUACACUCUUCUCUGGAUGAAACACAGUCUUGCUUCCAGUGCCUUUUCUCUGAGUGAGGCGGACAAUACUUAACUUUGGCGAGUGUGUCUUAGUUUGCCCAGCACUUUGUCUUCUGUGGUGCUGUCUCUACAUUGUCCAGUGCUGUGUCUCUAGAUUGACAAGCGCUGUGUCUCUAGAUUGGCAAGUGCUGUGUCUCUAAAUUGACAAGUGCUGUGUCUCUAGAUUGGCAAGUGCUGUCUCUAGAUUGACAAGUGCUGUGUCUCUGAAUUGUCCUGCACUGUGUCCCUAGAUUGUCCAGGGCUGUGUCUCUAGAUUGACAAGUGCUGUGUCUCUAGAUUGACAAGUGCUGUGUCUCUAAAUUGACAAGCGCUGUGUCUCUAGAUUGACAAGUGCUGUGUCUAAUUUGGCCAGCUGUGUUAUUUUGUGUAGAGCUGUGUCUAGUGUGGCAAGCGCUGUGUCGUCUGUCAGGCCGCUGCGGUGUGUGACAAUGCAAGUUCCUCACGGUUCUCUUACACAGCAAACAGUCACUGGGCAGACAGACAAGUCCAUCACUCCCAUGAAUUAACCGUUUUCCGUAAUACUUUUUUGAUGGUCACCCGAUUUGUGGUUCGUGUGGCCUCUUGUCUUGCCGAGGGUGUUUGAUUUUUCUUUACACAUUCUCCGCCUUCUUCCUUCACUGGCACGGUGCAAGAUGCUGUGUCUCGCGUCCAGAGGGAAUAUAUCCGUCCAAGAAUCAUGA